UUUUUUUUUUUUUUUUUUUUUUUGGUUCUUUUUUUUUUUCUCCGGAGCUGGGGACCGAACCCAGGGCCUUGCGCUUCCUAGGCAAGCGCUCUACCACUGAGCUAAAUGCCCAACCCCUGGAGCUGCUUUCCUUAGUAGACAUCUGCUAACAUUCUCCAGAACCUAAUGUAUACAAUCUGUCACUGAUGCCAGUCCUGUUAAUAGAAAGGGCAGGAUACAUGACGGCGACAGCCAUAGGGCUUAGAGUUGUCCCUUACCAACUCCUUUAGUUUCUUUACUGAGCUUCUUAAUCUCCAAAAUCCUGUCUCACAACAUUGCAAAAUUGCAGUUGUUUAAAAAACAUGUGGGCUGGAGAAAUGGCUCGGAGAUUGGUAAUACUGGCUAUUCCUCCAGAGGGCCCUCGUUCAAUUCCUGACAACCAUGGUUGCUCACAACCAUCUGUAAUGGGAUCGGAGCCCUCUUCUGGUGUGUAUGAAGCCAGUGACAGUGUACUCACAUAUAUAACAUAAAUAAAUCUUAAAAAAGAACAGGUAAUUAUGGACUCUUUUAUCUCCUCGGAAAACAUUGGUUUAUCAGAAUAAAAAGGCUUUAUUGGUUCUAGAUUUUUACAGUUGACCUAAAAGUAGCAUGCUUUGAAAUAACAGGGCAUUAGCAAAUCCCAGAACACAACUUUUUUUUUUUUAUUAACUUGAGUAUUUCUUAUAUACAUUUCGAGUGUUAUUCCCUUUCCCGGUUUCUGGGCAAACAUCCCCCUCCCCCCUCCCUUUCUUUAUGGGUGUUCCCCUCCCCAUCCUCCCCCCAUUGCCGCCCUCCCCCCAACAAUCUAGUUCACUGGGGGUUCAGUCUUAGCAGGACCCAGGGCUUCCCCUUCCACUGGUGCUCUUACUAGGCUAUUCAUUGCUACCUAUGAGGUCAGAGUCCAGGGUCAGUCCAUGUAUAGUCUUUAGGUAGUGGCUUAGUCCCUGGAAGCUCUGGUUGCUUGGCAUUGUUGUACUUUUGGGGUCUCGAGCCCCUUCAAGCUCUUCCAGUUCUUUCCCCAGAACACAACUUUGAUGAACACAUUUUAUGUAAUAAUGCUGAGAAUAACCACACGUAGGGUAUUAAAAUGAAUUCUUAUGCCUGGUCCUAAUGCUUAUUAAUAUGUGACUGAUGUAUGUACAGAUGUUAUUAGACAAAGUGUUUGUCCAGAAGUUUAGAUUAAAACAACCCCUGUUCUAGCUCAUUUGAAACAAUGUAGUGUGAAUGGUGCCAAAAGAACCAACUAGAACAUUUUCUUCUCUCUGAGAUCUUCGGUUUUGUAAACAAGCUCUGGAAAUACUCUGCAAGGCCCUGCUACUGCAGCCCAUCUAGGUCACUGUAACCCAGACCUCAGCACAGAUGCGGAUGCCAAUUAGGUCUCUCUGGGUCUUAUUAUGAUUUAUAUAAAAGUGUGUUUGGCUCCUAAUAACAAAGUACUUUUGGGGCUCUUUGGCCACCCAAACCAUCUCAACAAACACAGACAUUUUGCUCAGCAUCUACAUGGGAAAGGACCGAAUGUGACUGACACCUUGAUUUAUCUCUAGGCUGUCUCAACAGAAUACUAGUUCUCUUUUUAAUUUACAAAGAGGCUUAGCUAUUUCUAUAACUGCUAGCUGUUAAAUUUUAACUGUCUCAUCUCUCUUGCAACUUAAUUAUUAAGAUGUUCAAUGUGACACUGUUUAAGAGACAUAAAGUAAGAAUAGAAACCACUGAUAGUCAGGAUCAGCUCCAAGAUAAAUUUGUUAUUUAUCUGUGUUAUUUGCUGUGCGCACACGCGUGUGUGUGUGUGUGUGUGUGUGUGUGUGUGUAUGUGUGUGUGUGUGUGUGUGUGUGUGUGUGUGUGUGAGAGAGAGAGAGAGAGAGAGAGAGAGAGAGAGAGAGAGAGAGAGAGAGAGAGAAACAUUGAGCCUGGUGGUACAGGCCUGUAAUCCUAGCUGUUCAUGGCUGUUCACCAUGCUGUGGCAGGAGGAGCCAAGUUCAAGGUCUACCUAUGUGCCACAGGUUUACAGAAUUCAGGGUCAGGGUAGGCAACAUUUUGAGACCCUGUCUAAAAAUAAACAAGUAAAGGAGGAAUAAACAGGUGUGGUGCUGAGUACCUGUAAUCCCAGCAGGUGUGAGACCAAGACCAGAGGGUCACUGAGAACUCAGGGCACCACCUUGGCUACAAGUGAGUUUGAGGCCAGCCAGUGUUAUAUAGUAAAAUUCUGUCUCUCUCCCUCACACACACACACACACAGAGAACCCACACACACAUACACACACACACACACACACACACACAGAGAGAGAGAGAGAGAGAGAGAGAGAGAACAGAGAGAGAGAGAGAACACAGAGAGAACAGAGAGAGAGAGAGAGAGAGAGAGAGAGAGAGAGAGAGAGAGAGAGAACACAGAGACAGAGACAGACAUGGAAAGACAUAGAAACAUGGGGAGAGAGAGACAGAGCGCAAACUGUAGAUUCAGUUCAGUCUCCUCUGUCUGUCUGUCUUAUCUGACUGUCUGACUUUCUCCCCCUUUACACACAGCUUCUGGUCAGGACAGCUAUGUUUAAGCUCCUACAUUAGACACAGGAAGAGCUACAUUUGGACCCUAGCUCUGUCCACUUGUCUCUGGUUACUUAGGCAGGUAACAAGUCAGUUUUCUCAGGUGUUGGGUAACAACUGUCUUGGGUAAGAGGAGAUGGGUAUGUAACCAAUUGGGUGGUAGCCCCUAUGUCUGGGUUCUCUAAUAUGUAUGUAUGCCUCCAUUGGUUAACAUGUACCUUUGAAAGGCCCUUUUUGUUCAGAAAGUAUCAAUCUUGCAGUUAAAGUAUCUUAGGAGUUAUUUCUGCUAGCAGGAAGCAUAGAUAAAGCUUUUUGAAGUUUUUGCAUUUGCUUUUGAAGUUCUUGCAUUUUUUUAUUUGGAACAAAUAUAUUGUUUUUAAAACCAUUAUAAAAGAUGUGCUUUCCUGUCAGUCUCCUUGCACUGGGAUAACAGAAGUAACCUCCUGGACUGGACCAUGUAUGGUGCAUACUAAUGGGGGCAGGCAGAGACCUAAGGACAGCAGCCAGCCCUUGUGUGUGUCUAGACUCUUGGCUUAUGGUUUAUGCUGUGUCAUUGUCUCAUACCCAUCACAGCUUUGUUUACUAAGAUUAGCACCCAAGGAAAAGCAAGACUCUUUCAGAAAAAGGUAAGGUCCUGUUCAAAGUGUCCUGAAACUGGUGGCAGCACAGGGGAAGAAUUUUGCUAAAUAAACUUUUUUGGUUGUUUUCAUUUUUCAAGGUGGUACACUUCUUGGAAACAGUUAUUUAUACAAUUAUACUGACUAAAUAAAUGUAAUAUAUUCUCUAUGAGUUCUCCCAUUUUCUUGUUUAGGAUGUAUGUGUAUAUUUUUGUGGGGUUUUUGAGACAGGGUUUUUGGGGUUUUUUUGUUGGUUUUUUUUUUUUUAAUGUGGUUCUGUCAUAGAACUUGCUCUGUAGACCAGGCUGGCCUCAAACUCAGAGAUCCUUCCUCCUCUGCCUCCCAAGGGCUCUACUGGCUAGUUUUUGUUUGUUUUGGUUUUGGUUUUUGGUUUGGUGAUUUUUGUUGGUUAGUUUGUUUUGUUGCUGUUUUGUUUUGAACAGAAUAUCAUAACUUGGCCUAGGCUGGCCUCAAAAUCUGAUUCCGUUCCUCCUCCUCUGCCUGUUAGGUGUCCACCACACCUGGCUAAGGAAUCUUUCUUUAUGUGUUGAUCCAUACUGUAUUAUCAGUAAGCACCCAGGAGUACUAACCGUUAGUCUCAUUGCUCGGCAGCUGUAAGUGAAGGGAACGGUUCCCAGUCCACCUAGGAAUUAUUAGUAUUGUUUUUAUUUCCAAGGCACAGUCUCACUCCAUAACUCAAGAUGACCUGGGUAUUGUAAUCCUACUGCCUCAGCCUCUGGAACGCUAACAUUACAUUUGUGUUCUACCAUGCUCAGCUGGGUUUUACAUGGUUCUUUUAUUUUUUGAAAGAUAGGAAAGAGUUAAUUUUGAAAUUAAAAUUUAUUAAUCCAGAUUUUUAAUGCCUUUCCCUUAGAUGAGCCAGUUUUCUUAUUUGCGCAGUGAAAAUAAUACUUCUAUUCAUUUGUGUUCUAUUCAUCUCUAGUAGUUUUGGAAUAAAAUUAAAUUACGUGGGAUUUAAUUCGGCAUGUUGCUGGGUGAGCAGUUGUAGUACAGAUGUGAUACUGCCAGUGGAAGGUCAUGGUGUGGUGGAGGAGACCCCUUAAAGCAGUUAUUUAUCAGCAGCUGUUUACAGUCUAGCUCCAGUACUCAGAGGGUCCUGAGACUAGUCUUGUAUCAGGAGUGGUUUAAAGAUAAGGAAGCUUUAGUGGCUUAGUAACUUUCUAUCUCUUAGGUGUUAGUAAAUAGAAGAUUCAUGUUUGGUCUAACUUUAAAGCCUUCUCUUCAGGAGCUCUCCCACUGCCUAAUAGAGGAGCCAGUAAUAGGGUCACAUUUAACUCUUUGGUCGUGUUUACUUAUAUGUUAUAAACCCCUGGGAUCUGGAUGCCUCCUUGGGGUAGUAAUCUUGUGGAUUCUGGGACUGUUAUGAAACUGCUGGGCUGUUUGUAGCUAGCCUCUCAUGUAAGACUAGCCUUGUGGUGCUCCUGUGGCGGUGCUCCUUUGGAGCUCAGUAGCCAGUGUCCCAUCAUGCUGCACUCACCCACCCAGGACACUCGAUAAACAGAGCUCUGAGUAACCAGCAGACUGCAGUGGCUGCUGUGCAGACCUCUCAGCUGCCGCCAAGAGCUCACAUGAAAAGGUUCCCUUGCUUUAACAUGCAGAGCCCCAUGUCCUGGUUGGUGAGAUGUUUAGAAAAGCAUUUCUGAAGUCAGAAACAUUUGUGAUCCUUCCCGGUUGUCCCUUAAUACCUGAAUUGAGUCUCCCAGGCAGCUUCUAGGGACUUGAGGUAUAGCUUAGUGACAGAGUGAGUGCUUGGCAAACAUAAGGCCCUAGGUUCACUUACCAAUACCAGUAAUUUAAAAACAAAACAAACAAACAAAAAAAGAGCUGAACAGCUUUACAAGCUGAAGAGGUGUGUUUUCUGUUGAUGUUCUCGGAAAUGAUGUGGACUAGCAAGCAUGGAACCUCGUGAUUUCAGUACCUUCACUAUCCAGGUAAUUUUAAGAUAGAAGUAAAUGAAUUUCGGUUGUGUGUCUUGUUCCCUGUAACAAGAGACCUUCUGGUGGAAAUUCGUACCCUUACCCCACACUGUCAGGGCUCACUGGGCAGCUUGGGACUUUUCCCUUUUGAAUCUUACUUUGACCGCUUACCCUGUUCUUACCUCUAAAGGCACUGGGACUUAAGGGGUCAGCAAGACAGGCCCUGCCUGCCGGUCAGUGCCUUUCUAGAGGAGACUUCCUAGGGUGUGCUGCUGGAGUUCAUAGUACCUAAGUCCAUGCUGUGUUCACAUGGUUACAUAUUACUAUAUUUGUACGUUGUUUGUGGGUUUCACUUAAGUGAGAACCUGAUUUACUCGAAAUAGGAGGUAAUGAAUGUUUCCCUUUACUUCCCUGCUUUGUCCCGGGUUUUAUGUGCAACACUAACAGAGAUCAAUUUUAUCUUACACACUUCUGGUCUUUUAAGAGCGAUUAGAGGUACACGUGUUGGGGCCCCGUGUUAGACGUCUUGGUCAUUGUCAGUUCACUGUUCUUUCCUUUCAAGUUGCCUAAACACAGCUGAGUUCUUAAGAGGAGCAAAGAAAACAUGACAGUGCUGCCAAGUAGACAGGAAGCCGAGCGAGCUAGCCGACCCAGGAGUGAGGCUGAGCACAGCCCCGCGUCCAAUCAGCUGAGUGCACUGUUGCUAUGUGCGCCCUACUCUCUGCCUUUGUGAGAAGCCUGCACGGGAAGCGGAGCACCCAGCGCUUGCUCCGCGCUCGCUCACUCUGCUCCCGUGCUUUCCCUCUGCGGCUGACAGUGUAGCAGCUGACAGCCAGAGGCUUCCAGUAUGGUUUUCAGUGGGAACAAAGGGCUCCGCAGACAAGAUGCCUUGGAUGAGUAUUUUGAAUAUGAUGCAGAGGAGUUCUUGGUCUCUUUGGCCUUGCUGAUAACUGAAGGCCGAACCCCUGAGUGUUCCGUGAAAGGCCGUGCAGAGAGUUUCCACUGCCCUCCAGCGCAGUCUCGUUUCCCAGGCGCAGCCAGACAUGAGUGCAGCGACAAGCUGGCCCAGUGUCGCCAAGCCAGACGAACCAGAUCUGAGGUCACGCUGUUGUGGAAAAAUAAUCUUCCAAUCAUGGUAGAAGUGAUGCUUCUGCCAGAUUGCUGCUACAGUGACGAGGGCCCUAGCACAGAGGGGACAGAUCUGAAUGACCCUGCCAUUAAACAAGAUGCACUGUUACUGGAGAGGUGGAUCUUGGAGCCAGUUCCCCGACAGAAUGGCGAUCGCUUCAUCGAAGAGAAGGCACUUCUGCUGGCUGUCAGAUCAUUCGUGUUUUUUUCUCAGUUAAGUGCUUGGCUGAGUGUUUCUCAUGGUGCUAUUCCACGAAACAUUCUUUACAGAAUCAGUGCUGCUGAUGUCGACCUGCAGUGGAGUUUUUCACAGACUCCAACUGAGCAUGUGUUUCCCGUUCCCAAUGUCUCUCACAACGUGGCCUUGAAAGUCAGCGUUCAGUCCUUACCCAGACAAGCUCAUUAUCCAGUUUUGACCUGUAGUAUCCAUACUAAUAUUGGUCUGUAUGAGAAGAGAAUUCAGGAACAGGAGCUUCGAGCCUGUCAGCACCGUGGCCCUGGUGAAGUGGAGUACCGUUGUCCCAGCAGCUCUCAGAGUCUGUGCAGCAAGCACACAUGGACCAUGGCACCUGUGAGUGCCCUGCAUGUCAGAAGUGGCAUGCCUCCUGAGUACACUGCAGCCAUUAGAAAUGUCAGGCUCUGCCCAGGCACAGGUAGCAAGUCUGACAAUGGAACACCUCAAGCCAGCGUCCUGGGCUUCAGUGGCACUGGAGAAGUGAGGUCCCAGGAGGCAUCAGUGAGAACUUUCAAAUCACUCUCUGUGAUCGAUUCCAGUGUCUCCAGCUGUCAGAGCUCCCGGCAGCCAGUAGGGGAGCCUAACCCUUUAAUCGACUCCCUGAUUCAGGAUCGACAAGAAGUCAUUGCCAGGAUUGCUCAGCACUUGAUUCACUGUGACCCCAGCUCCUCUCGCAUGUCUGAACUCCCCUUUAACACCCCAGAGUCCACUUCACUUAGCCCAAAGCUUCACCCAGUUUCACAGGAGAGUGGGUAUUCGAGAAGAUGCAAAGAAGCAUUCUCUGUCUCUUUUGGGAGUCCAGAGUUUGGCUCCCCAGGAGACAGCAAGGAGGGGAAAGUGAAAGAGAAGCUGGAAACCAGGCAAGGAGAAACCUGUGCCUCUCACAGUCCCUACCCUCGGCAGCCUGCUGGGGAGGCAAACCCACUGAUUGGCUCUUUGCUUCUGGAGCGGCAGGAUGUCAUAGCCAGGAUCGCACAGCACUUGGAGCACAUCGACCCCACAGCUCACAUUCCCCGGCCUGCGUUCAGCAAGCACGACUCCAAUUCCAUUCCUUCUAAAGUGUUCAGGAGUUCAUUUCAUGACAAAACCAUGUUGAAGAAGGACAGAGAGAAUGUCUCUGUUUCUGCUACUCAUACAGAAGUGUCCUUAUUGGGAGACAGAGGUGAUGGGAAAAGCCCCAAACCUAGUAAAUGUUUCCGAUCUUUCAAAAACAGUCCUCAAGAAAAGUCUCUGAAACCUGAAGAAAGCGCUCAGCAUCAGAACCAUCCUGAUGACAUCACCCACACAGCCAGGCAGGAGUUGCUGAACAAGGCUGCUGGCUUACUCACUUCCUCUAACUCGUCCCUCUGCAAUGAAAGCAGCUUGGCUUUGAUUGGCAGAUUGGAAAGUACAUCUUGUAAAUUACAACUUAGGAAGCAAGAAAUGAGCCAUGAAACUGAGAAACAGUGUUUGCAUUGCAACAGUAUUGACAAACAGAUUUGCACAAAUAAAUGCACAGAGAAAAUAAAAGAUGAGAAUAGCCCGGGCUCUCUCAGUCAUCUCCAGUGUGAUGAGUCAAGAGGUAUUGACCCAAAAAUAAAAGUGACUAUGUUGGAAAUGCCUGACUAUUUGAACAAGUACAAAACUAAUUGUUCAAAUAAAGACUCCAAAAGAUCAAAGACAUGUGAGCAAAACAUUCAGCUUGGCACAGAAAAUUAUCUCAGUGAAGAUACUGAGGGUUCCAAAAGCACAAUAUCAGACCAACUAAAAACUGAGCAGGAGGAAAACAAAGAUUCAGUUGCCGGAAAACCUCCAAGUGUAAAGCACUGUCUGUCUACAAGCGAAAGACUGAAAAAUGCAGACAUGUUGGACUUUUCCUCACAGAGGACUACACUGAAGCAUUCAAGUGUCUGGAGGAAACACGAUUUUCAUUCCCUGGAUGGGACAUCAACCAGAGCCUUUCAUCCUCAGACAGGGCUGCCUCUCCUCUCAAGCCCAGUUCCUCAAAGAAAAACACAGUCAGGUUGCUUUGAUCUAGACACGUCACUACUGCAUCUGAGAAGUCUAUCCUCCAAAAGCUCUCGACCGUGUCUGAACAUUGAAGCGGACCCAGGUGUUCAUGAAAAGCCUUUUUUGAGUUCAAGUGCUCCACCAAUCACAAGUCUUAGUCUCCUAGGGAAUUUUGAGGAAUCGGUUCUGAAUUACCGUUUAGACCCCCUCGGCAUAGUUGAUGGCUUCACUGCUGAGGUGGGAGCCAGUGGGACUUUCUGCCCUACGCACUUGACUCUGCCGGUGGAAGUGUCGUUCUACAGUGUUUCGGAUGAUAACGCUCCCUCGCCUUAUAUGGGUGUGAUUACUUUAGAGUCCCUUGGUAAAAGGGGUUAUCGAGUACCUCCUUCAGGAACGAUACAAGUGACCUUAUUCAAUCCCAAUAAGACUGUGGUGAAGAUGUUUGUUGUCGUGUAUGACCUACGAAGUAUGCCAGCCAAUCACCAGACAUUCCUGCGGCAGAGGACGUUUUCUGUUCCUGUUAAACAAGAAAUGAAGAGAAGUAUUAACAAAGAGAAUGUCCAGCACACGGCACAGUUACUACGCUACCUCAUACACCUGAGGUUCCAGAGCUCUAAAUCUGGGAAGAUCUACCUCCAUAGAGAUGUCCGGCUCCUGUUCUCUAGAAAGUCCAUGGAGGUUGAUAGCGGUGCUGCUUAUGAACUCAAGUCUUACACCGAAUCGCCAACAAACCCACAGUUUUCACCAAGAUGCUGAUAAGGGAGACGGAUUAAAAGUAUUUGCUCAGUACCCAAGCUUGAACGUGAGCAUUCACCGAGUGGAAUACAUCCAAUGAGAGCCAGUGGAGUGGAGUGGCCCUCCUCUUGUCCUGGACCAGAUUUUAUUAAAGGACCCCUGAACUGAGACCCAUGACUCCUAAGUGGACUGGAAGCACCCCUGUCUUCACCCUUUUCGUACUGUUGAAACCACUUCAUUGGACAGUUGCAAUAGCAAAAUCCCCAGUUAGAUUAGUGUUUACACAUUUUAUUUCUGUUAUUUAAUAUUUAAUGUUUUCCUUAAUAGUCAAGUGAUGUUUGUCUCUAGUGUUCUAAUGUAGCACAAUCUAUGUAAAAUCAUACUAUGUAUUUUUGACAUUAAUGUUGAAAUUGAAAUAUAUGCAUAAGUCUUUAAUUUUGUGUGGUGUGUUUUAAGUGCUAUUCAUUUAAGCUACUGAAAAUGAGAAUGAAAUGUUGGGCUUCUUUAAGAUUAAUGCACUAUGCAAGCAUGUAUGCUUUUGAUAUCUCUCCAGGUUAGGUUUUAAAGAACUCACCAGGGCUGUUCCCAGGGGUCCGACAAAGCUGCUCCCAUCCUCCUGGCAAACACUCAGCCUCCUGCCCAUUCUCAUCCUUCUAAGAUCCCCCCCACCCCAAAAACAUUCUAUUUUCCCUGAAUCACUACUGUAGAGGUUUUACUUUAAAUUGCUAUCCCAUGCUACAUAAUUUUCUCACACUGUUAAAAAGAAUAUGUACUUUGAAAAGAAUUUAAUAUUUAUAUUGUAAAUAUAUGCAAAAAACUAAAA